GCAGUUGCUGUUCGAGGCUCGAAGGAUACGCACGGCUCUGGUGGACGACGGAAGUUGGAUUGAAAAUGCAUCGGGACUGAGUGCCGAAAGUGACUGCGUGUGGUGAAUUCUCGCCGAAGAGAGCGUGGAAGAGAGCCGCGGAGUGCGUGUGUGUGUGUGUGUGAAAGUGCUUCUACUUUAUGGUGUAAGAGCUCCUAACUUGGCCAACACUUCGGUUCCGGCGGCGCGCAGUCAAGUCGAGUCCUUGCUGGCAGUCGGUUGUCCUGGCGGGAGAGUGCCUAGUUUUCGUAUAGCAAAGUGUGCCGGCACCGGGCCAUGCAGUCCCCUAAAACAUAACAAAACAUCAAAUCAUGCAAACACCAAAUCACCAAAGUGAAUAGAAAGAAUCUGAAAGAUACAUAAGUGCCAAAAAUAUGUGAGAAGAGGAGUCAAGUGUCUGCAAUGUAAAAUCGCUCGAAAGCAAAAGCCAAAUCAAAAUUGUACAGCUCACUGCCCACGAAAAAUUCCUGAAAAAAAAAAGCUCAGCUAAAAACCCAGCAAAUCAAAAAAGAUAACAAAUAAUAAAACAAAAAUUUCAACGAAAUUCAAAUCAGAAUCAAAACAGAAGCCGGUAAACAUGUGGAUUAGUAGCCGCUUCUUUGUGAUUCUCCUGCUGCUCAAUCUGGAUAACACCUGCAGUGAACCGUUCGAAGCCCACCUGCGCGGUCCCGGAUUCGUUAUGGAGCCACCCGGUCGUGUGGAGUUUUCGAACUCCUCCGGCGGCUGGCUGGACUGCUCGGCCUCCGGAAGUCCGCAGCCGACGGUCGACUGGGUGCACGCGGAUGGCUCGGCGGUGACCGAGAUCCAUGGAGUGCGACGUGUCCUGCGUAACGGAACGCUCGUCCUGAUGCCAUUCGCCGCGGCCGCCUACCACCAGGAUGUGCACAACACGAUCUAUCGCUGUAUUGCCAGCAAUUCGGUGGGUCGUAUCGUCUCGCGGGACGUGCAAGUGAGGGCGGUUGUGGCCCAGGCCUACAAAGUGGACGUAGAGGUGCUAUCUGCCGCAAGGGGAUGCACCGCCAUUCUGCGCUGCGUGGUGCCCACGUUCGUCAAGGAAUUGGUACGAGUGGUCUCGUGGGUUCAUGAACCCGCUAUCUACAUCUAUCCCUCGUUGCAAGGCGAUGGCAAAUUCCACUUGCUGCCCACCGGCGAGCUGCUCAUCCACAAUCUGCAGGAGAGCGAUGAGUCGCAGUCCUUCCGCUGCCGCAGCAUGCACCGCCUCACCCGUCAGGUGGUCGUCAGUUCACCCACCCGACUGCGUAUUAAUUCGCAUCGCGGCAUCAUUUCGCCGAGCGUGGUGGAGCACACGGCUCAUGUGCAGGUGUCGCAGGACGAGGGCGCGGUGCUCCUGUGCGUCGCCCAGGGCUGUCCUUCGCCCGAAUACAGCUGGUUCACCCACAAUGGAGCCGGACCCCUGCCCGUGCUGAGUGGCCCACGUGUCCGACUGCUUGGCCCCAUCCUGGCCAUUGAGGCUGUGACUGGCGAGGAUUCCGGCGUCUACAAGUGCACGGCCGGCAAUGUGGGCGGCGAAGCUAGUGCCGAGCUCCGGCUCACGGUGGCCACGCCCAUCCAAGUGGAAAUCUCACCGAACGUUCUCAGCGUUCACAUGGGCGGCACCGCGGAGUUCCGGUGCCUGGUCACCAGCAACGGCAGUCCCGUGGGCAUGCAGAACAUCCUGUGGUACAAAGACGGCCGGCAGCUGCCCUCAUCGGGCCGCGUCGAGGACACCCUGGUUGUGCCUCGCGUGAGUCGCGAGAACCGCGGUAUGUACCAGUGCGUGGUGCGACGACCCGAAGGCGAUACGUUCCAGGCCACCGCCGAGCUGCAACUGGGUGAUGCGCCGCCCGUGUUACUCUACAGCUUUAUCGAGCAGACCCUGCAGCCAGGACCAGCUGUAAGCCUCAAGUGCUCCGCUGCCGGCAAUCCUACGCCGCAAAUUUCAUGGACACUGGACGGAUUUCCGCUGCCAUCAAACGGAAGAUUUAUGAUCGGACAAUACAUCACCGUGCAUGGCGAUGUAAUUAGUCAUGUUAACAUAAGCCACGUCAUGGUCGAGGAUGGUGGCGAGUACGCCUGCAUCGCGGAGAAUCGGGCUGGACGAGUGCAGCAUGCGGCGCGCUUGAAUAUUUAUGGUCUUCCAUACAUUCGACUGAUUCCGAAGGUAACCGCCGUCUCCGGCGAGACAUUGAAUCUGAAGUGCCCGGUGGCCGGCUACCCCAUCGAAGAGAUCCACUGGGAGCGCGGAGGACGAGAGCUGCCGGAUGACAUACGGCAACGUGUCCAGCCGGACGGCUCGCUGACCAUCAGUCCCGUGCAGAAGAACUCCGAUUCCGGCGUGUAUACGUGCUGGGCGAGGAACAAACAGGGUCACAGUGCCCGGCGGAGUGGCGAGGUGACGGUCAUAGUGCCGCCGAGCAUAGAACCGUUCGCCUUCCAGGAGGGUUUGGCCGAGGGCAUGCGGACGAGGACCGUCUGCGGGGUGUCCAGGGGCGAUCCGCCGCUGAAGCUCAUCUGGCUGAAGGACGGUGAUCCGCUGCCCGACCUUUUGGGGGCCAAUGUCACCAUGCUAGACCAGUACAGCUCCCUGCUGAGCAUUCCGUCGCUGUCGGCCACGCAUUCCGGCGAGUACACGUGCGUGGCCAAGAAUCCGGCGGCCGAGAUCAAGUAUACGGCCCUCUUGCAGGUCAAAGUGCCGCCUCGCUGGAUCGUCGAGCCCGUGGACGCAAAUGUGGAGCGCAAUCGCCACAUUAUGCUGCAUUGCCAGGCACAGGGUGUUCCCACACCCAGCAUAGUGUGGAAGAAGGCUACAGGCAGUAAAUCGGGAGAGUACGAGGAAGUCCGCGAACGUCCCUUCACCAAGCUACUGGGCAAUGGCUCCCUGCUGCUGCAACACGUUAAGGAAGAUCGCGAGGGCUUCUAUCUGUGCCAGGCCAACAAUGGCAUCGGCACCGGCAUCGGAAAGGUCAUCCAGCUGAAAGUGAACUCCUCGCCGUACUUCUCAUCCACUUCGCGGUCCGUGAUGGUGAAAAAGGGCGACACGGCACUGCUCCAAUGUGCCGUCAGUGGGGACAAGCCGAUUAACAUUGUUUGGAUGCGCUCGGGCAAGAACACGCUGAAUCCGUCAACCAAUUACAAGAUCUCGGUGAAGCAGGAGGCCACACCAGACGGAGUGUCCGCCGAGUUGCAAAUCCGCACGGUGGACGCCACCGACAGUGGUCCUUACUUCUGUCGGGCCAGCAAUUUGUAUGGCAAUGACCAGCAGCUGGUGCAGCUGCAGGUCCAGGAGCCACCACUGCCACCCAGUGUCCUGGAGGCGGCCAUGAUCAGCAGUCGAUCGGUGAACAUCAAGUGGCAGCCCAAAACCUUGGGCACUGGCGAUGUGACCAAGUACAUAGUGGAGUUCCGCGAGGCAGAUCCUUUGUUUGUGGACCAAUGGCAGCAGAUCGAGGUCAAGGAUCCGCCACAUUUCAAUGCAAUGAUCGAGAACCUCAAGCCGGCGACACGUUACGCUUUCCGGGUGAUUGCUGAGGGUUCGGCCGGACGCAGUGCACCCAGUCAGGAGCUGAUUGUUCGCACGGAACCACAGCGACCCGCUGGACCUCCUCUAAGUCUCUCCGCCAGACCUUUGUCUUCCACCGAGCUGCUCAUCAGUUGGGUAGCUCCAUUGCCAGAACUGCGACAUGGUGACAUUCAGGGCUACAAUGUGGGCUACAAGCUGUCCAGUUCAGGAAAUACGGCAUAUAACUUUACUUCCGUUUCCGGAGACGGCGAUGGAGGCAAUGGGGAGCUACUACUCAGCGGACUGGCUAAGUUUGCCAGAUACACCGUGGUGGUGCAGGCCUUCAAUCAAGUGGGGCCAGGACCUCUUUCGGAACCCACCGCUGCUCAGACUAUGGAAGAUGUUCCAAGUCGACCACCGGAGGACGUUCGCUGUGCCGCCUUAUCCUCCCAAUCGCUUCAGGUGUCCUGGCAACCACCGCCAAUUUACCACACCAAUGGCCUGCUGCAGGGAUACAAGCUGAUAUUCGAGCCCAUCAUCGAUGACAUUCAGCCCAGCAAGGACGAAGUGGAGUCGAGGAAAACGACAGCACUCACCAUGGUGCUGACAGGACUUCGCAAAUACACCAACUACAGCAUUCAGGUUUUGGCCCACACGCGUAUGGGCGAUGGAGUGGUAUCGAAGCCAUUGUUUUGCCACAGCGAAGAGGAUGUGCCUGAGGCUCCGGCAGAUAUCAAAGUUGUGUCCAGCUCAUCUCAAUCACUGUAUAUCUCUUGGUUGCCACCCAAUGAACCGAACGGUGUGAUCACCAAGUACAGUCUUUACACUCGCGUAGUGAACGGUCGCGAGGAACUGAACAAUGAGAAACGUAGUCUGCCAUCACAGCAGGCGUAUUACGAAGCCAAAGGACUGCAUCCGCAUAUGGAGUAUCAGUUCUGGGUGACGGCCAGCACUCGAGUGGGCGAGGGCAAGAGUUCCCGUGUUUCCUCACAAAUCACCACGAAUCGCAUACCGGCGAGGAUCAUAUCCUUCGGUGGUCCAGUGGUCAGACCUUGGCGAUCCACCGUUACUCUACCCUGCACGGCGGUCGGCAAACCCAAACGCGAGUGGUUCAAAUCGGAUGUGGCACUGCGGCAGGGUGGACUGCAUAACUCCCAGCUGCUGGACAGUGGGGAUCUGAUCAUCUCCAGCCUGCAACUGGCGGAUGGUGGCAACUACAGCUGUCAGGUUGACAACGGCAUUGGAACUGAUCGACUGACGCACACCUUAAUCGUUCAAGUGCCACCUACAGCUCCGGUUCUUUAUGUAACAAGUGCCACCUCGAGCAGCAUCCUCAUGCACUGGAAAUGCGGCUUCACGGGCAAUGCACCCAUCACCGGCUAUACCUUGUUCUACCGGCGAGCCAAUGGCAACACGGACGAGAUGCAAUUGUCGCGACAUGCUUCCAGUCAUGAACUUAAGGGUCUGAUGUGUGGCAGCACGUACCAGAUCCACCUGAGUGCCCAGAACAAGGUGGGCACCUCGCCCACCAGCACCAUUCUGCACGUGCGCACUCAGGGUCAAUCGCCUGGUCAUCCUGCCUCCACCGCCCUCUUGGCACCCAACUCGACCUCGCUGUUGGUUCGACUGCACUCUUGGCCGGAUAAUGGAUGUCCUUUGCUCUACUUCGUCCUGCAGUACCGAGCGGUGACCGACGAUCCGGAUGCAGAAUGGGUUCUAGUAUCCAAUGCUUUGAAGCCGCAGCGUCGCAUAGUAAUCAACAAUCUGCAACCAUCGACGCUCUAUCAACUCCGCAUGGAGGCGCACAAUGUGGCUGGAAUCUCGCAGGCGGAGUUCAACUUCGUGACCCUGACCAAGGAUGGAGAUCCACCGCCGCCGGAAAUCAUGCAUCGUGGCCGUAGUGGUCAAACCACGGUCAUAUUCGCCAAUAUUAACCUGCUCAUCCCAACCAUAGCGGCAGUGUCCGGAAUGUUCUGCACAAUCAUUAUGAUCAUCGUUUGCUACAGACACAUGCUUAAAAAUGCACCACCGCUCGCAGAGCAAAGUCAAAUUCAAAAGGAAUCACUCGAGAAUCGAGCCAAUUCCGAGGCUGCCCAGCGGGAGCGGUAUUAUGCCACCAUUCACAAGGUGUCCAUGCAGAACAACGAUAAGAUUCCGGAAACCUCCGAGGACAUCUCGCCGUAUGCCACCUUCCAGCUGUCGGAGGCUGGGGGCAACAUGUCGCAGCCGCACCACGGCGGUCCGGCCAACACGCUGCUCCACUCGUUCAUGUACCACGAGCGGGCCCUGGCCGAGGGCUGCUCGUCGCCACCACCAGCCGCGGUACUGAACCCACCAACAACCACCACCCAUCACCACCACCACCACCAACGUCCACUAAAGACAAUUCAUAAUUAUUAUCAGACCUCACCGUUCCAUAAUAUCUCCAAGAAUCGGAGGCGCCACUCCAGGAAGACGGAGCCGGAGAGCGAGGAGUCGGAAUCGGACCAGGACCAGCUCACCUCCAGUCGCACCGAGUCCUCCAACCAGCACGAGGGCAAGAUUAAGCACAGCAUCAUCUACCAUGGAGCACAAUCAAGCACCUCCUCCGAUCUGUCACCAAUGUCCGAACAGAAAUCAUUGCCCCGCCGCGGUCGCUCCAGGUAUCAUCAUCAGCAAUAUCAGUUUUCCACCAAUACCACACCGCGCCACCACAACAGCAACAAAAUGAACAACAACACCACCAGCAACACGAACACCACAGCCACCAAUACGACAGCCACACCAUCGACAUCCAGCAAUUCGAACAAAAUUCUAUCGCCGCGCGGCGGAAAUCUGAAAUCCAUAUCGAGCACGUUCAAAUCGCAAGACUCCAUACAGUGCCACAUACCCACAUUGGUCAAGUCGCCAUCGAUCAGUACACAGCAGCAGAAACAGUUCCAUAAGCAGCAGUUGCAGAAUAGUAGUACCAAUAAUUCCCAGCAUAGUAGCUCUAAUCCGAACAGUAGUAGUUUGAAGCAACAGCAGCCCCUACUGAUCACGCCCAAGCUCCAUCAGCUGGAGGCCAAUGGCCAGGAGCUUUUGGGGCUGGACGGGAUCGGCAAUAGCCCGUUGGUAGCCUGCAUGCCGCCCUCUUCACAAUUCCGCCCCAUACCCCACAAGUCCAUAAUGCCCGCGCAUGAGCCACCGCACCACCACAACCACAGCCAGCAAUCGCAUCCCCACCAGCAGCAGCAGCAGCAGCAGCAUCCGGGCACGCUGCUCAACCCAUCGACGGCCAUGCUCUCCUCCAAGUUCUUCACAGCGCCAACGCUGCCCAAAUAGGAUACGGCCAAUGGGGGGAGUGAAUACGUUGGUGGUGCCAUGGAGGCCAUGGACGGUUUCGGCUAUGAUAGCGGCGAGAUCUCCUGCACCUACAUGGACCCAAUCGAUCAGACAUGAGACCUGGCCUACGGUGAGGUGUGUGGUCCCCCCGAGGGGGCCCGUUAAGGACCCUUUUCACGACCUGGUGGCUCAGCUGAGUGCCUGGAUAGCAUAACCUAGAAAUUUCUAUGGAUUCGAAACCAUUUUAAAAGGUUCCUAAGAGUAUGCCAUAAAAAGUUUAAAGCUGUUUCGUUUUUGAAACAUGUUGUAGCAUACUUUUGGACACUUUUAUACGAGUCUAGGGUUUUCUGUGAAUCAAACUUAAAAGAGAAUAACCUUAAAUCAAAAUUUGAAGCCUUUAAGGUACAAGCUGAUACAACAGGUCGUGAAAUUUGUGCCCACCCACGCACACCCAACCACACAACCAGACUAGAACUACACCACUAGGUCUAUAAACGAAUGAAUGCUUGAAUGCUGUGGUUGCAAUCAGAAAACCAACUCUGGACCCUUUCUUGUACUUGCACCCCCAUCACCCCCCAACGAUUGCCACCCACCACCCUCCCACUCCCCGAAUGAAAACACGCAUCCAGGGCCGGCAUCCUGCGCACGCUGCAUCCGCUCCAGCUGCAGGCCGAGUGCAACCUCGGCGCCUUCCAUCGCACAGAGGACGGCGGCCUGGGCGAACGGAUCGAGCUGGCCGAGGUUGAGGUCGAUGUGGAUACGAUUAAGAAGCUAAAGCUGGGUCAGAGGUCAUCGCUCUGGUCCCGACCCUCAUCCACCACCUCCCAGCUGCAGCAGGAGCACCAGCAGCAGCAACAGCAGCAGAAGCACCACCAGCAGCAGCAGCAGCAACACCACCAACAGCAGCAGCAGCAGCAGCAGCAGGCACCACAGCAACCACACAAACGAGCGCAUUCAAAGUCACCGCAGCCACAACAACAACAGCCACUGCAACAACAACGCCAACAACAUUCACCCGCUCCUGGCCAAAAAUUGCUUAGCGAGAAAUCGGAUUAUUCGAUAUCCGUCUGAGACAUUGGUAAGAUCUGAUCGCAAGAUCAGCAGAUUGGAUGAGACCGGGCCCCCCGAUAGCCACAAAUUUAGCAGCAGCCGGGCCGUUUUUGUACAUUUUUGUAAUGCAUUUGUUACCUUACCAAGACGCCCCCCCCCCCCCUAAACCCCCUAAAAACCAUUACACCACUCUUGAAAUGAUAAACCUCAAUUCCAAACUUUCGGAACAGCCCCGCACCAAGUAAUACCCUUCUCUCUCCCCAAAAGAAACAACCAGAUGAACACUCAGUAAACUUUCGGACAAUCAGUAUCAAAAUUCUGCACCAACCAUCCAAAAACCAAAACAUACCGAAUCGAAACACUUCCCAUUAUGAACUCCUGCCCGUAUUUAUAGAGGUCAUACUAUAUCUAAGUAUUAACGAUUGUGCAUGCUAUAUACCCACGUAUGUAUGAAUAUGGCAUGUGUCCAAAAAGAACCCAGGUCAGUUGUCGAACUUCCAGAAAUGUUGUAUGUACAUAUAUAUACUAACGUAGUCUAUUAAGUAUCCGUAACGACUAAUGCGUAUAUCACUCGAAACUGUAACUCAAACUACUAACUGCAAAACUAUCGCAAACUAUCGUAUCGAAUCGAUUCGAAUCGAACUGUUUUUCAUCGUAUGUAGAAAGAACGAACUUCUUCUAGAUGUGGAAGUCUCGAAUAGCAUUGAGUGUUUGGCCUAUGAAAAGCUACUCCUAAAGUAGUUCUAUAAGUUUCGGUUUUGUGGGUACACCAGGGCGAUGAAACGAGGAAUUUAAUCUUGAAAUUUUCAACUAAGCCGAAAACUCAGAUAUACAUAUAUGCUGUGUACAAAUUUAUAUGAAUGUAUAUUGAUGUAUGUCCCCGUGUGCGUGUCUACGUUAUGAGGCAGUCGUGUGCUCAUCUAUGUAUAUAGGAUAUAUACCGAGAUAUACAAUCGAAGAAUACUCAUUUAGUUGUUAGCGAAUCCACGUACAUGUAGAGUAUUGAGCAAAUGCUGUAAAUAAUCAAAAAAGUAAAACCCUCAAAGGACUGACAAUGUUGCAUGACUCACAUAGAAAAAAAAAAAAAAACAAAAGACAAGUAAAGCCACAAUGAAAAUGUUAACUAAAUGUAUUCGAUAUAGCCGAUGUACACAAACUCGAAUAUGUCGCCAGCUGAAUUUGAAUUCAAGAAAGCAGUAUUCAUAGAUAAUCUGACAUGAUAUCGCAUACAUUAGUGUUUCCAUUACAAUAAACUGUCAUUCGUCGAGUUGUAGAUAAAUGUUUUUAAAAACGAAUUAAUGAAAGUAAAUUGAAUGAGCCUGUAGGAGAAUCAAAUACCAGUCGUAAUUAAAUUUCGAAUUAUCAUAAAAACUCAAUCAAGCAGACGCGAAUGGAACGAAAGCCAAGUUAGGAGCAGACAAACAAACUACAAAUUAAUAUAACUCUUAGUUCGUAUCGAAUAAUCCAAAAGUAAUACGAGUACAUAGCUGUAUUUUAACUAGCCUAAAAAAGCAUAAGGAAACCAAUUAAACAGUCAAAUAAAAUCGAUGAGGAUUAGAAGGAGGAUCAGAGGGACGAAUUGAACCCAUUUCGGAAACCAUGUGCCAAAAUUUGUUUUUAGACAAAGCUCUCUUAAAUUACGGAUAUACAAUAAAUAAUGCAAGCCAUGAAAAGCGAGUAAAUAGCAGCCACUAAAUAUGAACAUACCAAUUAGAGCCACAGAAAUCACAAAAUAAAGUCGCAGAUUAAGGUGUUCACUUGGGUAAAAUUUAUUCCAACCCGAGCCAGACAGCAUAAUUCUUUAGUGUCUCAUUUGAAAUAAAAGCAAAAAACAAAAUCGAAAAUUUACGAGCCAGCAGCACUCUUUGUUUAUAUAGCGAUUAACGCGAUUUUAGUCGGUUUUUAUAUGCAUUUAUUUGUACGAAGCAAUGAAAUGGUUUAUUACAUUUAACAUCGAAUUUUACGAAUUUAUUAAGAACAACAGAAAAGUUGCGACUGCAAGGAGCAAACUCACAGCAAAGUCUACAAAUCAAAAGAUGAAAUUAACUUAAUAGAUCACAAUCAAAACGAGAACAAACCGAGUAAUUAUACGAGAGGGAGAAACAAUUUUUAUGUUUAACAUAUAAUUAGCACAACAACUACAAAAUAAAAACUAUUAAUGUAAAAACAAACGGCAUUU